AUGGGUACCGGUGCUUCCAAGACAAGAAAGAAGAACAAAGUGCGUCAAAAUGCUAUGGUUGUGGGCAGUUUACAAGUGAAUGCUCAGCGAAUAAGUCGAUCUAAAGAUGCCACACAAACAAAUCCUACAGAACCAGAGGAGGAAACUAAACCUAUUUCCUUGGUAGACACGUAUGAAGUGAAUGAUUCACUUCUCUUCAAGGGUGCAACAAGUGACCAAUUUGUACCAUAUUUUAAAGCUUGGCUUACCAGGGUAAUUUUUAUGUAUUAAAUGUUAAUUUGAACUUUAUCAAACGUUAACUUACAUUAUUUAUGUGAUUAUCUGAAUAACCUUUUAAGAGCAUUAGGGAUUUAAGCCCAAUGAAUACCUUAGAGUUUGAUGAGGUAGUAGAUGGGUGAAUAAAAAUCGUAUCCUCAUUCUUCACGACGGACGAUAUUUUUCGCAUGUGGAUUUUAUCGUCUCAGCGGGCGUUUUGAUUGAUGAAACGAUUCUUAUCACAUGUGGCGAAUAUAUAAUAAUGUUUUGAUAAACAAAUUUGGAUGACGUUGUCAAAACAUCGUUGCUACCCAAUUCAGAACUUCGGAUAACCCACAUGCUUAGUUACGACCGUUCAGUGCUAUACACAAUACGUUCAGUCCUAGUGCAACACUAGGUCCUCUGGCAGGAAUUGAAGCUGCGGUCCUGCGAUUCCGGUGCAGCGAUCUAACCAACUGAGCUACAAAGGCCAGUUGUUGAGAACGAAAGUAACUAGGCAUUAGAAAUUUAGAAUUAUGUAUAAGAGUUAUUAACUCAUUUAGAUACCUAAAAUAAAAAUGUCUCAGAGAACAAAUGACAAAAAUCACGGCAUUCAUAUAUACAGUAGCACUCGUCAGAAGUACGAACUUUCAAUUAAUGUUACAAAGUCAAAGGCAAUUUUUUUGUAAAUGCAGGAAAUACUCUUUCAAGGAGCUGACUUCGUCAAGGAAGAAGUUUGCAUGCGUAUUGCAUUAAUGCGAAGAGUUUUCUUUAAACGUUCUCAUCUAGGUUGAAGCAGAUGAACUUUGUUCUAUUUGCUCCAAAUUCAAUGGCAAGAAAGUUUUUCCAUGUCGUGUUUGCACCCGGGUAUUUCAUGAAGGCUGUUUACAGAAAACAAGGAAGUUAAAUGAUAAGGAAUCCAAAGACGCGUUUUCAAGAGCAGGAACAGAUACAGGAUGGAGUUGUCAUUACUGUGUAUGGAUAUUUAAAUGUUUUAUUAUUACUCUAGCCCCAUAGGGACAGGGCCGUCGCUAAGAGAGGCGUGUUGGAGUUGUGACACCCUCCUAAAAACAUCUUGUCGGCAAAACGAAGGAUUUCCUCGGCGAGUUUUACAUUGUUCGUCUAAUAAUCCGAAUUUGACCUGUUCACACCCCCCCCCCACCCCACCCCACCCCAAAAAAUUUGACCUGCCCCCACAAAAUUUUAAAUUUGUCAGCAAAUACAAUACCACCAGGCACCACCCCCUGUUUAAGUCUCUUCGCGACGGCCCUGCAUAGGGAUAAACAUCCGCAGCGUGGUCUCCGAUUCAAAAUUUGCGUGUAUUUCGCUAUACCAGUGGCCAAGUAUAAUCACACCCUCAGCAGUUUAUUUUGGAUCGAUCAAAUCAAAAUCUACAAAGUAUUUUACAGAUACCCUGAACCAACCUCCAAACUCGUACCCAGGGUUUUAUCUCCGCUCCCAUGAAACCCUGGGUACGAGGUUGCUGCAUAUCCGUAAUUUUUUAGCUUUUUUAAGCAUUAUUUUUUUUCAACGGUUGAAAAAAUCACUAUACCCAGUGCCGGUGGAUAUAGCGGUAUCCCGGCAGCCUUUGUACAACCGGUCCCAGGUAGAUUAGUACCCAUAUGACUCGCAGCUCUUUAUUGUUUUGGAGGAGCUGAGAAGAAAAUUAGAUAUACUUUCUAAUUUGAAUAGAGGUUAUGCAUUUUUGCCUGUAAUUUUAACAAUUAUGAUAACGUGCGUGAAAAGUUGAAAACAGUCGUACUUUAUACACCCUUUUCAUAAAUGGCUGCCGAUUAAAAAUUCUUUUAUGUGCAUAUAAAUUGGCCCAACUAGCCUCGUUUCUGGGUAGAAAUUCCUUUGAAAUCUUAACAUGAGUACGAGGCUAGUUGGGCCAAUUUAUAUGCACAUAAAAGAAUUUUUAAUCGGCAGCCAUUUAUGAAAAGGGUGUAAUAGUAAUUUUCUUUCCCAUAUAUAAUGUAUAUUUAGUUUCUAUAUACUGUCGUCAAUCACCAUGAGAAAUUUAACUUUCACUGGUGUGGCACCGGUUUGCACAAUAACGUUUUCUAUUUCGAUGAUUUCACAGGAAAAUAUCACACUUUUACUUUCUGAUGAUGAAAUGCAAAAUCUCAUUGAAUAUUUUGACCAGUUUGACAUAAACCAAGGUAAGUUCGCAACUUGUUAUGUUCAUGGUUUUAUUGUCUUUUGUUCAUGGUUCUGUUAUUGUGAUUACAACUCGUUGAUUAUAAUCAUGGCAGACACACAGAUAGAAAAAGCAGAGUACAUCAAAAUUAGAAAAUUAUCAAUUGAAAAGGAAAAUCCAGGGACAGAAAUAUCAGAUGAAGUGGAACAAGACAUGGAACGUGAGGUCAGUGUGAGUUCGUAAAACUUAUAAACAACGUUUUGAAACCAAACAAGCAAAUUAGAUAAGAACGGAAAAACACACAAAUAUAGGCAGACAGCAACGACAGACAAAUGACUAAUGUUAAUUAAACCAAUUAUAAUAUGACAGAUAUUUGGUAUCUUUGAAGACAAUCCAACAAUUAGUCAAUUAAGGGACGGACCAUUAGAAAAGUGAUGGGGGGGGGGUAAAUUUUUUUUGUUUGCAUUUUUUUUCCAGGUUGUCAGCUGUGUAUGCAUGUUUUUUUUAAAUAUGUCUUCUCGCAUGCAAUUUUUUUUCCAAUACAACUAUACAGAUGUUAACGAAACUGUUCUCUUGACAAAAAAUAUCCCUUUAAUACACACUGCAAAAUUAUAUCUUUAAGCACCAUAUAUGGACAAGUUUUCUAGGGGUCCAGAGCAUGCUCACCCGGAAAAUUUUUGAAUCUAAAUUCUCUGAAAUACCAUUUCCCGGACUUUGGGGAGAGAUUUUACAGAAUUCUGAUGGUCAGAAAACGCCAUUGUAACAUAUCAGAGGCCCUUGGCCAAUGUUUUUGCUCUAUAGCCUGAGCCUGGGGCCCCCCAUUUGCGGGCCCAUUGGGGUUGGUGGCCCCCGGAUUCUCCCAGUCCGAGCCCAUAGUAGUUACGCCACUGAGGACAGUGGCAGUGUGAAUGAGAAUUAAUUAGUAAAUACAAUAGAAAAUAUUUUGAUAGUAUAUAAUAAAACUACAUAAGAGUUACUGUUAAUAUUGAAAGAAAUUGCAUAUUAAUAUAUUAUAUAUUUUGAUAUAUUUAUAUUCUGAAAUAUUCCAAAGAUUUAGUUCAAUUUUGUCUGAUGUGCAUUUAAAAUUAAAGUUCUAUUGUUGUUCUGUUUGUAAUUUUUUUUUUAAACAAGUCUGUUUGCAUGUAUUUUUUUUCAAACCUUUUUUUGUUUGCAUCGAUUUUUUUUCUGUUUUUUCCCCACCCUCCCCAUCACUUUUCUAAUGGUCCGUCCCUAAGAAGAGAAGCAAACUUUGUUUUGGUUAAGGAUUGUACGUAGGAACACUGUAAUUAGAAUCCACUAUUAUUAGAAUCGCUCUUUUAUCUAUGCUCGAACGGUCUGUGCAGUGUAAUAAUAAUAAUAGCUUUGCAAUCCUAAAUCCAAACAGUGGAAUCCAGAAUCCAAACAUCGGACAAUCCUUAUCCUGGGCCAAUUUUCUGGAAUCCGGAAUCCACGCCCGAUCUGGAAUUGAGAAUCCAAGUAGUGGAAUCCAAGCAGUGGAAUCCGGAAUCCAAAGAGAGGAAUCCGGAAUCCAGGGAUCGGAGUGGAAUCCGAAAUCCUAGGCGUGCAUGGAUUACUUUACAUUGGCCGAGUAACACCACAAAUCUGCAGAUGGAUAGGGAUUCAACCACAGAAAUAAUAGACAUGUCUAUUAUUUCUGUAGUAAAUAUUGUUUCCCCCGUAAAAUUGUAUGAAAUAAUAUAUUCUCUCGUGUUGAUAUUAUAACUUUUAUUAUUACGCCCGAUAUAAAUACUUAUUUCUAGUGUACCCGUUCGUACAAUCUUCUCGUCUCUCGUCCCUUCACUGUUCGUUUUCUCAAUAAUAAUGUUUACAAAAUCUCAAGUAGAAUCUAUUAUCUUAAAAAAGUAUACGCGUCUCGCCAUGUCUCGUCUCGCUCACUGUUUCGCUUUGUUUUGGUUUUUUUUAUUGACAGUUCUUAACUAAAGUUAUUAUUAUUGCGUGACGUCAGUCUACGACAUUUCUAUGGAUUCAACCCUUUGAAAAAUACAAGUAAAACUUUGGUUGGGGACGGGUCAUUAUUUAUGGUGGGGGGUGGCACCGAAGAGAAAUGUUUUUUGUGCCAAAAAUUUUGCUGACCCAACAAUUAAAAUAUCAAAAAUUUGAUUACCCAACCUCAAAUAUCAUUUAAAAAAUAAAUACCCACCCCUGGCCAAAAACGUUAGAAAAGGAUGUCAUUCAGUUGUCACAUAUGUCCUUUACCACUUCUGUAAUACGAGUUUGAUAACGUUCGGCUUGUGAAAUUUACUGACUUUUCUGCAGUCUAAAGCUUCAUGUUGUCUGCACAUUUACUUUCUUUGGAGACACCAUUUGUCUCCCAACAAAACGGAAAAUCAUCAAGAUAGUGACUCUGAUUGAUUGAUUGACAUAUUAUAUUGACAUAUUAUAUUACAUUGCAGUUUUCAGUCUUCGAUAUUUGAGUGAGUCAUGCUUUGGAAAUGACAAUAAAUUUUUAUUACCCAACCUUUGAGUUGUUUCCUUUUUCAUUUACCCAACCUUUUACUUACUCAAAAUUUUGUUUACCCAACCCUUUUCUCUUCGGUGCCACCCCCCGCCAUAAAUAAUGACCCCUCCCUUAGUAGGAUUCCGACGAAGGACUUUUGCUCGAAACGUCGAAGUUCUUGUAUUUUUCAGGUAGUUCAAUCCCUUUCCAUCUGCAGUUUUCUGGUCUUUUAUAUAUUGGGCCUUCUGUGAGAUAAAGGCGCAAGAGAGAAGCCCUUAAGCGAUGACGUCACACGAAACUCCCAGAGGCAUAGAAUAAGAAAUGAAUAGAAGGGCAACUGAAUGUCGGAUCCUUUGAAGUCGGUGUCCUCGCGCAUGUCGUGUCGCGCAUGCCGGAAAUACGACGGCGGCCAUUAAUCUGGCCAGUAACUUGCAGCUGGAAUCGAUAUAAAAUAUAUGGAGUGAGAGCUGUGAUUUGUUUUAAAAUUGACAUUUUGAGGAUAUUUGCUUAUAAAAUUAGAUUUUAAAACCAAAACACCCAAGAGGAAGGUAAGUAGUUUGUAUUUAUUCAUUUAUUGGUCAAAUAAAACAUUUAAUCGAGGUAUUUAUCAGCUACAAAUAUUACUAUUAAAUAUGGAGUUGACGAACAUUUAUAUAUACAGUACACGAUACAGACUAUGUUUAUAGGUUUUAAACUAGUGAAUCGUUGUUAAUCUUUGCAACUAUCGUACAUAUCAUAUUUUUUUUAUUUUUCGGGUUGUCUUGGUCUUUAAAGCUAGUGUGAAUACGUUUUUUUUUGUUCAGAUGUUGCAGUAAUAUCAUAUAGAUUUGAGCAUUUUGAGGGUUUUCAUCCAGAGCAGAGCUGCUUUUUAUGCACACGUGGUCACUUCCAUGUGUUUAUAGCUGUUUUUCGUGUACAAGUUUGAUUGAAUUUAAUGUAUUUUUUUGUUUUUAUAGAAGUGGCAAAGUCACUAUCACAGAAUAGGAAGUGAAGGUGGUCAGUAUGGUGCCAGCACAGUCAUAUUGAUUCAAUUGGAUUUGUCUGAAAGAACCUUGGAACUGUUUCAAAUAUUACUAACAUUCAAAGAUACCUUUUGA